AUGGCUGACACUAUAGAAUUUGAAAAGACAGAUCCAUCAAAGUUUUUGAGUGGUAUAAUAGGAUCCUCAGUGAGUGUGAAGUUACACAAUGGAGUUGAAUAUAAAGGAAAUUUACAGACAAUUGAUGGGUUUAUGAAUGUGGUAUUAGAUGAAGGUAUAGAAACUGUCAAUGGAAAAGUAACUAAAGAAUACGGAGAUGUGUUUAUUAGAGGAAAUAAUGUAUUAUAUAUAAGUGAAGCUUGA